GGGCCGCUUCCCCAGCAACCGCGGCCGGGUCCGGCCUGCCAGGCCAGAGCAGCCCGAGGCGGCGCCCACCGGGAGGCGGUGAGAGGGAACCAUGGCUGGAAAUGUGCUGGUGAUACUGUCCUGAUGCAGACUUUCCUUCUGUUUCGUCUACGGGGGUAGGGUCAGCUUAGCAUGUGAGGAUGCAGGAGCCAGUUUCUGGAGACAUGAAUGUGGCCUCUCCCACAUUGAAAACAUCAGUGGUGAACCCUGCAGCCAACCCCCGACGUAUGCGACGGAUCAUUGCUGAGGAUCCUGAGUGGUCCCUGGCCAUUGUUCCACAACUCAGUGAGCUCUGCCUCCAGCACAUCGUCAGCAACUUUGAAAAGAAUCCUGUUGUGGACUAUCUCCGGCCAGAGCACCAAAGGAAGGUGCUGGACAGGAUUUCCACAGGCCUGCCCCUCACAGUGACCGCCAACCUGAUCAGUGACGAAGGCUACUGGAAGAGGUGCUGUACUGAGCGAUGGGCGGUGUGUGAUGUCUCCCGCUACGGGGGCAGCUGGAAGCGGAUGUUCUUUGAACGCCACCUGGAGAACAUCCUGAAGUACUUCAUCCCUAACACAACCGACCCCAGUCAAGUCCUGGAGGUCAUCCCACUUUGCAAGGAGUAUGUGAGGAAGCUGGAAAUCGAUCAGUUCCUCCCACCAGUGAAGCUGGAUCAGAAUAAGGAAGAGGAUGACAUGUCCGAUUCUGGGAGUGAUGUUGGGGUCGAUGAAUUCUGCAUGCAUCACUAUGACCUAGGAGUGCUCACUGCUGCCCUCUCUCACCUAGAAGAGCUGCAUCUGACGUAUGGUGUGAAAGACUGUGGCAUGAACUUCGAGUGGAGCCUCUUUGACUUUACGUAUCAGGACUGUUGCUCUCUGGCCAAUGCUUUCAAGAAGUGCCACACCUUGAAAGUCUUCAAGCUGUGCCGGAGCAAAGUGGAUGACGAAAAGAGCCGGAUGCUGAUACGGAAUUUGUUAGAUCACCCAUGCUUGGUGGAGCUGGACUUGUCCCACAAUCUAAUCAGGGACCGGGGAGCACGAGCCAUUGGCAAACUGAUCAACCACAGCAAGCUAGAAAUUCUCAACCUGUGUAAUAACCGGAUCCGGGCCCCAGGAGCCCAGGCUAUUGCUCAUGCCCUAGCCAAGAAUUCUACGCUGACCUCUCUGAACCUGCGCAUCAACUGCAUUGAGGAUGAGGGUGGCCAGGCAAUAGGCCAUGCCCUGCUGACUAAUGCCACCUUGACAUCUAUCCAUCUGGGAGGCAAUGAGUUGUCAGAGCCGACAGCUACGCUUUUCUCCCAGGUCCUUGCUCAGAACACAGCUCUGACUAGCAUCAACCUUGCAUGCAACCACAUAGGGCUGGAUGGUGGGAAGCAGCUGCUGGAAGGAAUGUCAGAUAACAAGACCGUGACUGAAUUUGACCUGCGGCUGGCAGAGGUGGGGCAAGAGAGCGAGUACCUCAUUAACCAAGCCCUGAAGGCUAACCAGGAAAUUGCCCGUCUGAAAACCUUUCACCAGUCAAACUCCUUGGAAGAGAAAUCCCCAGAUCUGGAUUAGCCUAUCACAUGCCCUUAUUUACCACUGUAGCCUUUGAAAUGAAAUGUCUUUCCUCAUUGGGCAGCUGUGGCCAUAUGAUAUUAAUUCAUGAUUGUGGGAGGGGUAAGAAAAUGUAACAGACAGCGUGGUGUCAAGGCCUAGGCCCUACCUGGCAGUUGGAUCCCUAAGGAGAUUUCUCACUGGCUCCUUCACACAGUGUGGUCAAGGGUUUCCAUGUGACUUCACUCCUCCAUCGCAGCAGUGCUGCUGGAUUGUGUGCUGUUGACACCUGUCCAUAGGGAACCAUGCUGAUUACCCCCAGGUGUGGCUGAUUACACUCAGAUGUGAUUUCAGCAUAGUUCCUACCUCUCACAGACUGGCCUGAAAAUUCAUCUCCUGGAAUUAGUCUCAGAAUAAUGUUUUUCUUUAUAUAACCUUUUCAAUUAUUUUUUCUUACAAUAAAAUAACUAAAACAGGGAAUUAUACAUAUUCCACUAUAUUGGCUACUAUUCUUACCAAUGAAAUCAAUUGGCAGUCUAUGAUAGGCAUACUACAGUAGCCUAUGGACCACUAGCAGUCUGAGGCGAGUUGUCACAUGGUGUUCGGGCCUUCUUUGUUUCCAGCUGCUAAAUGGCAUUAAAAAACUCAAGCCAUGUUCA